CUUGUAGAAGAUGGACCCAAGGCCAAGGGCACUGAAUCGUGAGAAGCCCUGAGCUGUGCUAGUCUCUGCCUCACGCUCACAUCACAAAAGCUAAAGCAGUGACACUAGUUUAUGGUUAUUCUAUUUUCCGUGACACAGAAGACGCCUCUUUCAGGGUUUCGAGACAUUUCCUCUUUGUUAAUCCCUUUUAUCUAGUUUCUCAUACCAACUGAAAUGUCCUCGCCGCCCACUACCACCUUCAUCUCUGACCCACCAGAAAUGGAUGAGGCGGAUGCACCACCACAAUCAGAGUGUGCACAGCUCAAGCAAUUACAGUCAGAAACACAGCCAAAGUGGCCAGGAUGGCCCGGAGAUAACGUCUUUAGGCUCAUUGUGCCUGUUGUUAAAGUAGGAAGCAUCAUUGGGCGAAAGGGAGAGCUCGUGAAGAAGAUGUGUGACGAAACACGGGCACGGAUUCGCAUCCUCGAAGGCCCCCUAGGCAUUCCUGAUCGUGUUGUUUUGAUAUCUGGAAAAGAAGAACCAGAAGCAGCACUAUCUCCUGCGAUGGAUGCUGUAUUAAGAGUGUACAAACGUGUUAGUGGUCUAUCUGCUGGUGAGGCUGACAGUAUAGGUUCAGCUGUUGCUGUUGCUGGUGCUGCAUUUUGCUCCAUACGAUUACUGGUUGCUUCUUCACAGGCGAUCAACUUAAUCGGGAAACAGGGAUCUACAAUCAAAUCAAUACAGGAAAAUACUGGUGCUGUUGUACGUGUUUUGGCAGAAGAGGAAGCGCCUUCAUAUGCUACUUCAGAUGAGAGAAUUGUCGAGAUACAUGGUGAAGCUCUAAAGGUUUUAAAAGCAUUAGAAGCAGUAAUAGGACACCUGAGAAAGUUCUUGGUUGAUCAUAGUGUCAUUCCUGUAUUUGAGAAAACUUACAAUGCAACAAUUUCCCAGGAACGCUCUGCUGAUUCCAGGGCUGACAAAACUCAGCCCUCACUCCAUUCAGCUCCUGCUCCUCAGAUUGGGAUCAGUUCUGACUAUUCCCUUUCCUUGAAGAGGGAUCCUUCAAUAUAUGAUCGUGAAACCCAUCUUGACCCAAAAAUCCCACAAUCUGGACUGUCACUUUAUGGACAAGAUUCAGCACUUGGUGGAUUACGCUCAACAGGACUUGGUCGUGCCACUGCUCCUAUGGUUACCCAGAUGACGCAAACUAUGCAAGUACCUCUAUCAUAUGCCGAGGACAUCAUUGGGGUUGGUGGAUCAAAUAUUGCCUACAUUCGACGUACUAGUGGAGCAAUUCUCACAAUACAAGAGAGUAGAGGUUUACCUGAUGAGAUUACUGUGGAAAUUAAGGGCACCACUUCUCAGGUUCAGAUGGCUCAACAGCUUAUACAGGAGUUCAUUAGCAAUCGGAAGGAACCGACACCAACUGUAUAUGGGAAGAUGGACACGGGAUAUAGUUCAUAUUCACAAGUAGCGGACACCAGCUACCCUUCGUCUUCUUUUGCAUCACAUCUAGGAGGGUAUGGAUCUUCAAGCUUUGGAGGAUAUGGAUCCCCCACUGGGGGAGGUUAUAGCAGCUACAGAUUUUGAAUGCCUAUCUGGAAUGCCCCUGUAGAACAUAUGUUUUGGUAAUAGGAAUUUGAAUCGAGUUUUUGAUGUAUGAUCCUAAUAUAUAUAUAUAUAUAUAUAUAUAUAUAUAUAUGGAAACCUGGCUGAUUCUUAGAAAACUACGUGAACAAAAGGGGAGAAAUCUCUCUCUGGAACAUGGUCAAAUGGAUUCAUUUCCUUUCUUAUUUUAAUGUAACUUGAAUGUGGUCCUGUGGCUUGCUUUA